AUAUUUUAUUUCCUUUUGCAGAAUGUUUUUUCGUUUUAUAUUUUUAUACACAUUUUUACCGAUUUUAAUUGCUUUCAUUUUUAACGAGUAUUUUAUUUACUAUGUCGCGAUUUUUCAGUGUGGGUGGCCAGACAACAACGGUUCGGGCGAAAAACUGAGAGCUCUUGUUUUAUCGGAUCCACAUUUGCUUGGGGAGAUUGAGGGUCACUGGUUCGAUAAAUUAAGAAGAGAAUGGCAAAUGUAUCGUUCGUUUCAAACCUCAAUAAGUUUGUUGCGACCCGAGGUUGUGUUUAUCCUCGGAGAUUUGACCGAUGAAGGGAAAUGGGCAACUGGGAAACAAUGGGAUCAAUACGUUGUAAACGCGAAGCGAUUGUUCGCCACCCCACCUGGUGUCCGACUAUAUGUUGUCGUCGGCAACCAUGACAUCGGGUUCCAUCAUGAUGUCACAAACACCAAGUUAACAAGAUUCUUGAAAGACUUUUCAACCAAAAACGUUGAAACAAUUGAGUUGAAAGGUCACACCUUCGUUAUAGUUAACAGUAUGGGGUUGGAGGGAGACGGUUGUUUUAUGUGUCAAGCUACGGAGCGUCAACUACAGGAUGCCAUGGAUUAUAUCAACUGUGAAAAUUCGAUGAAACCAAAAUAUUGCAACUCCAACAAGAAACAUCCUGAUCCAAUAUUGUUGACGCACAUCCCAUUGUUCCGAACCUCGGAUAUUGAAUGCGUUGGAUCGGAUGCGGGGCAAGAUGGGAAGCAAAGGAGGUUCAACUACAAAGAUACUUUGAAGGAAUCAACAUCGGAAAGGCUCCUAAACCUUGUCAACCCUCGCCUAAUACUGAGCGGGCACACCCACAACACGUGCCAUCGUAGCCACAAAGAUGGGACACCAGAAGUUACCGUAGCAUCGUACAGUUGGAGGAAUCGGAACGACCCAAGUUUUUAUCUGGCCAGGUAAACAUACAAGGUUCAAGAUUCCAGCUGUUUAACGAAAACAAAGCAAUCACAUACAUGGUGGAUAUUAUAAAACCUUUAUGUUUAAUAUUAACUUCCAGUUCACAAUCACCAAUGAUGACAUCACAUCCUCCAAAUGCCACCUACCAACUGAAUCUACCGUAUUUACCUUAUAUGGGUUGGCAGUUAUAGCAUCGUUGUUCACGUUAAAGAUGGCUUGCAACAGAAACAUGAGAUGUACUUCAAAAAUAUGGAAGAGACUUUAAAAUCUGUUUUAACUUUUAACAUCCACAAAUUUUUCACUUGAUGCUUUUGCCUUAUUUACUAGUUUCUCCUACAUUUGCAAAGAGUGGGAGGGUUACUAAUAUACCAGCAAGCAAUUUUUAUAUAAAAAUAGAAAUGCUGCUGCUAAUGAUAAAAUUACAUUAAACUUUAUCCAAAUAUAUAAACAGUAAUCGAAACGUUUUAAAAUGAAGUUGUUUUUUGGAAAAAAUGAUCACAGUUUAUAUGCAAAUAUGCAUGACAAUGUUUUUAAUAUUUUGUUGCGAAAUAAACUUUUACUGUGACA